AUGGGGGAAGAGAAGCCAUACCAGACCUUAAUGUGCAGCCUACACAUGAUGAAGAGCCUUUCCAUGUUUUUUGUUGGAGAUGAUGACAUAGCUACCGGUGACGAAGGUAUUAGUGCAGAUGAAAAUGGCAACUUUGAUGUUUAUGGUGAUCUUUUUUAUCUCAACUUACAAGCUUCCUAUCAACCAGAUCUAGACCAUUUUAAUGAUGGCUACAUCCCAACCAUGGAGGAAAUGCAUGAGUAUGGCAUCUAUGCCAAUGAGGUGGACAUCGUCUUUGAUCAGGAAGAGUUAUCUGACUCCAGUGACGAAGAUUAUGAACCAGCAAAUGAAAAUUUUAGGACAAGGUCAAAGGAACUUACUACAGCUCAAAGGCUAUGA